AUGGUGACAGCAUCAAUAGCCCCAGGAGAAGUGUAUGCUGUCCCAUUGCCCACACAAACAUUUUCUCCAUUAAAUUAUUCCCCAAAGCCUUACUCACAGGCUUAUAGCCAGUAUUCAAAUCCAUACACCCAAGUGUUACCUCCUCGUUCAAGUCAUAGUAGUUUUUAUAAUAACGUGUCCAGUAGUGGUCGGGACAUCCACAGUAGUAGUAGCAGUAGUGAUCAUUCAUCAAGCUCAGGAAGCAGCAGUACAACUACCACGUCUGGUGGCGUGAUGGGAACGAGCGGGUCUGUGCGGGAGAUGGCCAGCAGCUGGCCCACACCCAGUCACAUGCCCAAUCUUAGUACAGGCCAACGGGAGGCCUGGGGAGGCACUGGCAGUAGUCAAGGGGUGCCUGCCACCACCACCUCGGUCACUCACACUCCCCCCAUGCACAGGAAAACUCCUGAGCCAGUAAGGUUCAACCCCGAGCCGUGGGCUCCUCGCGGCCGCUUUGCUCAGCCCGCGCACUCUCACCACUUCCGCUCGCACUCCACUGACCUCUCGACCCGCGGCCUGCCCAGGUACGUACUCUCUCCCUCCCUAGUCCGCAUGGAGGCCCUGGCUGCUGCUGCUGCCCAGUUUGUGGUCCCUCGCAGCUGUGUUACAUCACCUGCCAUUAUUGGAUUUUUUUAAACUUUGGGUUAUGUUUUUUGUUUCUUUUAUUCAUGUUAUAUAUAAUUGUUUAUGUAUA